ACUCAAUACUGGACAUAGCAUUCAUAGAACAAAAAAUACUGGGGAAUAUUUUAUUGUAUAGAAAGGAAUAUGGUAAAUGCAGAAUGUGAGUCCAACUACAAAGAUACAAUUAUCUCUCUCUAUAUGGAAUAAUCGAUGUAUCUACCAAUGGACCCAAAAGCAAACACAACAACUACUAUUUUUUCUUUUGGGCACCAGACAACAACUACUCUUUUUCUUAUUUUUAUUAAUUGUUUUUCACAUACCCGUACUUAUUUAUUUAUAAUUUUAUUUUGUUGUUUUUCAGCCUUUCCCUAGGCCACUAUUAACGUGUACUCUCCAAAUUCCACAAACCAAAUAAAGUUAUAAUCAAAGAACGAUGCUUCCAUUCCCCAACUACUACGUUUCAACACCAAUUAUGUCCGAGAAGAAGAACAUAAGCAGCAGCAGUAAUAGUAAGAGAAGAAAGAAGAGAUGGCCACCGACAGUCUUAUCUGGAGGGGGAAGAGGAGGGGGAGGGGGAGGAGGAGGAGGAGAUGAGUUAGCGACGGUGAAAGCUGCGGCGUGGGCUUGGUACCAAAGAAACGAAGGGAAACCAAUGAUUAGAGAAUUUGAUAUCACGACAAGAGCCACAAGAACACCUCGACCUUCGCGGUACAAGCUCGAAGCCAGCAAGAACAUGAUUUUAUCCAAGAAUAGGGUUUCAAAAUCCGACACUAAUCAUUUGUCGCAUGAAGAUCAAGAAACCAAGUUCUCUAGUCUUCUUGACCCUUAUGAGAUCAUGAGCAUCUCUAAAAGGAUUGACCAGGGAUCGUUACCCGCUAAUCCAACAAGUAGUUUCCGGCACGAUAUGCAGAAUAAGCUAGAAGAUGAUCAUAGUAAGAAGGAGAAUCGGGUUGUCACGAAAAUGAGCAUGAAAAACUUGUGGAAAGGAAUGAUUAUGAUGGCGGCUCCAAGGACAGUUUGUGGAAGAAGUGAUGACGUGGAUCUUGAGGCUUAUCGAGCUAACCCAAGAACAUUAAAGGUAGCACCCACGAGUGUCAAGACUCGAACCGACCGUCGUUAACUCUAUAGUCUUUAGUUAUUGUGUCUGGAUAUUUAAAUGUUAAAAAGGUCUUCUUUUAUACAACAUUUUAAGGAUUUAAGCAAGUUUUAUUGAUUACU